AUGCCUGCACCGGAUCAAAGGGUCGGAAGCACGUUCAUAUGGCUUAUCACAGUCCUCCUAUUUAUCUCUAUCGCGGCUGGAGGCGGCUGCCUUAUACUAUACAUAAUCCAACCGGAUGCAUCUUAUUCAUCUUGGCUUCCCUUCGCUGGGGCGGCAUUGGUUGGCCUUCCGUGGUUGUUUUGGGUGUUCACGUGCUGCUAUCGAUGCAUGUCCCGUAGAUUUGGAUUUAGGAGUGGCAGCGCUGCUGGUGGAGGAGUUGGUGUCAGCGGUAGUGCACGUGAAGGAGGCAGCAUUACAGGUAGUGUUGGCGGUGGUGGCGGUGGUGGUGGUGGUGGUUCUAAUGUUGUGAAUGCAGCUGGUAAUGUGGCCAAUGAGGCUGGUUCCGUAGACCCAAUUGUGAGAUCUCCAGAAAGUGAUGCAAGAAGGCGUGCUCAAUUUGAAGCUAUCCUAGCAUUGGACGAUGAUGAUGAUCACGACAGCGAAGAAAGGAAGCCUAAAAAGAGAAGUUCAACGUCGAGCCAUGAAAUGUCUGUGGCUUCACAUGAGAGUGAAAUGCCAUUGGCCUCAUCAAUGGCACCUUGA